AUGAUACUAGAAGAAGAAGAGGAAGCUGUAUCCAUGAAACUUAGGAGCAUGAAUAAUCCAGACGAAUAUGAUCACAUCUACAACAUUAUCGUUAAUUGGCAUCGCAGGAAAAUUAAAGAUGAAGAUACACCAUGUAUCGACGUUCCUACCAUACCGGAAGUACUUCCAGAAGUCCUCAUGUGCCAGCGGUGCCAAGAACAAUUCACAGAAGUUCAAGAUUACGUCACGCACAAGGAAGAAUGUGACAAAAAAGCCAUUAAACACGAUGACCCAGCACAUUCCGACCCGGAGGAUAUGGUGGUAUCAGAAGACGACGAUGAUGAUGAAGAAACAGGCGGUAAAAGAUUAGAACGAAUGAGACGGAACAGACAAGACGCUGCGAAUAAUAACAGCGUUGAAGAGAAUUCGCCAGAUGACGAUAGUCAAAGAUUGGAAUUUCCGUUUCCUAUACCAGCUGCUGCUCCUGGACAUGUUACGCUGGAAGCAUUACAAAAUACCAAAGUUGCUGUAGCUCAGUUCGCAGCUACCGCUAUGGCCAAUAACGCUGAUAAUGAAGCAGCUUUACAGGAACUGGCAGUAUUACAGUCAACACUAUUCACUUUACAACAUCAACAAGUGCUUCAGUUGCAAUUGAUAAACCAAUUACAACAGCAACUGCAAAUAGAUAGACGUAAAGAAGAAGAGGAAGCUACUGCAGGGUCCCCAGCACCUUCCGAUAAUGAAGUAGAGAAUACUCAAGUAGAAUCACCGCCUCCUGCUCCUCAAGCGCUACCUGUAUCACGGGAACCCACGCCGGCUUCUCUACCUCCUCCUAUGCCACCGAAUAUUCAGCCGUCACCAGCUGUAGAACCACCAAUGCCUGAAAUUAAAACUCCGACGUCGUUGCCUAUGCAAAUACAACCUCCAAUGUGUUCUAUAUCUUCGUCUUUAGCAUCGACUAUUAUAACACAUAAUGAUGAACAAUUACUAGAAGAACCAAAUACAUUAGAGAUGUUACAAAAGAGAGCACAAGAAGUAUUAGACAGGCCACCACAUCCACCACAUUUAGGAUUUCCAGGAGGUCCACAUUUUCCACCUACAUCCUUACCUCUAUUUAGGCCGCAAGGUCCUCCUCCACCAGAUAUUCUCGGAAAUCGAUUGCCGCCUUCACCACAUAGACUGUUAGAUCCUCCUCCUCGAUUAUUUCCUCCACACCCACUUUUUCUUAAACGAGAAGAACAGGAAACGCCGGCAGACUUAAGCAAACCUCCGAGAUCACCUUCCCCAACUGAAGAUAAAGUUCAUAUGCCUGAACCUGAAGAAAAUAAAGAUCGUGAGCCCAUGGAAGAGAGUAAGCCACUGGUUAGCACUCCUCAAGUCACACCAAAACAAGAAAAUAAUUUUAUUGAAAAUGAGCAUGAAAAUGAGCAUGAACGGUACUCGUCUUCUAUAGCUUAUGAUGAAUGUAGUAAUAGUAGCAAAUAUUCUAAUGAAGAUUUAUUAGAACAGAGAAGUCCUGGAGGGGAACCUUCUGAGAAUAUUCAAGACGAACCUGAAAACUUAUCUAGUAGACAUAAUUCAAUAACAGGUCCUUUAAGCAUAUCAACCGGACAAAGACUACCUGCAAACUUUUCAUUUGGACACACUAGCUCUCCGCCUAGCAGGUUUGCCGCUCCCGGUCUUUCGCCCAUAAGCGGCUUACCUAUGAAUAUGAGAUGUGAUCGAGACAUCAAGUCAGAGCACGGAAGUAUGGACGACGAUGACGAUGAUGAUGACGACGAUGCGAUGAGUUCUUUAGAUAACCAACACAUGCCACCAUUUUCUUCUUCGCCAUCGGAUAUACAAAACACUGGCAUGCCUGUGAACACCAUAGCUUCUCAGUUUUCUGGAAGUGGACUUAGUUGUUCUGCGGAGGAUUUAUGUUCAAAUCGUACCACAACACCACCACCUAUUCAAAACGGCGAUAAGUCUCCUAGUCAAUCUGGCGUUACUAGUCCUGGGAGUGCUGAAUUGAGGUCCUCGCCAAAUCAUACUCCCGUCCAGAUUCCACGUCCUCCAUCAUCACAACAGGCCUGCAGUCCAGCACCAUCUGACAAUUCGGUAGGAGCUUUAGACCUCACACCAAGAAGCCAACCUGCCAAUACCAGUCCUGGACCUUCAACGCCAAGUGGAACUCCAUCACUUUUUCCUUCGUUUGGACUUUUACCUUCAGGCGGUCAGUCACCUCUCAUGACGUCAGCGUUAUCGUCGUUGACGUCGUCGGUUUUGACUUCGACAUCGUUCAGUCCCUUACGGUUAGCGGUCGGGCCAAUUGGUACUUUGGUAUUUUGUUUACCGAUGACGCCUGGAUACGCCUCAUCCAGGACAAAAAAGGCGGGCAACAUGAAGCAGCAUAUGCUCACACACAAGAUCAGAGACAUGCCCCAGCACAUGUUCGACAACAAACCUCUCAGCAUGAGCGGUGAUGACAGUAGUACUCCAUUACCUCCCAGCUUGCCUAAAAUUGAGAAUUCUACGAGUGAUAACGAGCAAUCUCAGCCACUGGCGCCACUACCUCCUCCUCAAGUUCUGCAACCACCCCAGGCGCCACCGCCACCCGAAAAGCACGAACUGGAGUCGCAGCAAAUCAAAAGAGAACCUACUGAGACUGAACUUCCCCUACCGAAACGCCCUCCAAAAAUUUUUAGCGGAGUGUCAUUAGAAUCAAACAGCUCCCAGAAUACUCGUCGCAACGAACUGAACGAAAUAUCCCUAGUCCAGAAUAAUCACAAUGGACUGACCGGAGCCGGCAAAUAUAGCGGUCUCCUCGGCUUUGGCUAUCCGCCGCCAGAAGCGAUCCGAUCUCAAGCAAACUCUCCCGAGCGGUCUGAAAGACCGCCAAGCCAUGAACCCGACACGAGAGGUCUCUGGGAUCUCCAUUUCGAGAGGAAAAGUGCUGCCGACGCGCCCAGGGAAGAUCUAUUGCCGCCGACAGCUAAUAGGGAGGGAUUGGCUGCCUGA